AGGCCACUUUAACAGUUCUUCGUUAUUUUUCCAGUUGCUGUUGUUGUUGGUGCUGCUGCCGUUGUUGCUGCUGUUGUUGUUUUGUUAAGUGCAAAUACGAAAAUGUGCACACCGCCAAGUCAUGCUGUAAUUGACACAGACUACGGCGCUUUGCAUCCGUUGCUGUGGCUGCUGCUGCUGUUGCUAAAUAACAACACACAAUAACAACACAGCUACCUCAUACAUUCAUAUCAUAUAUAUGUUAGAUCUAUUUUUACGACCCAUGUUUAUUCAUUCGAUGCUCAUUUUAUAAUUUCUCUUUCUCGUUAAGUCUUGCUACUUCGUUUGAAAAUUUGUCGCGCCUGCCCAUGCAGUCGAUAUGCUACUGUUAAUGCUCUAAUUGUAUAACCGAUUCGGUGCGAGCGAGCGAGCGAGUGUGUGUGUGGAAAUGUGCGGCUGUUGAGAAUGUUCCAUGUUUUCUUGAAUGAGACGAGUUGAAAGCCUGAAAACUGUUCAAAGUUGACUUAAAAUAUAAUUUAUUGCCCCAAUCGCAGGCAUUAUUUUACAAAAUCUCUUAAAUUUUCUCGCUCUCACUCGAUUCAUUGUAGACAUAUUGCGUAGAGUGUGCAUUGUGUAUCGCACGGCGGCGAUGAAGACAGCAAAAGCAAUCCAACAGUGUGCCAGAGAAAUAGACAUGGUGCAAAAGAGAUAGACACACAGAAAUGUGUCGAUGCUCUAUUUUCGCGCUCGGCAUUUUUUUUCUGCUUCAUCGAGUUUUUAUUCCACCACAUGCAGCCGUUACAUGUAUACACAUACACACGUAGCGAGAGAUAUAGAGGGAGAUGGGAACGCGCGCGUGGUUCGAUAUGGCCACAUGGACGUGCACGAAAGCACACAUUGAUGAUGAAUAUAUGUGGCGCAUGGAGUGAGAGUGAGAGCAAUGAGUUGUUUUCAAGCGCAUAUCACGCUGCAUACCACGCGUGCCAUACAUCCACUGUUACUAUCUUAUAUUGUGUAUGCGAUAUAGUCAUUUCCACAUCGAUUCGGUGGGCCACCACAACACACUAGCUCAUCAACCGCAUGGAAUCGCGAAACAAGGCAGACACACAGAGACAGAGACGGAGCUAAACGACAUACAUGUAUACACGGAAUCCAUUGUACCGCAUUACGCGCGCAAUGCAUUUAUUUUGUAAACAUUUCGUUUGGCCGAGCGAAAUGCGUCGUCAAAACACACCAGCACAGGCAAACACGUACACACGUGUGCUGCUAUGGUGUUGCCUCGAUUCUGCUGCUGCUGUUGCUUUUGCUGCGUUCACGUUCGUUGCAUGUUUACUACGAAAACCCCGAAAGGCAGAGUAAAUAAAACACGAGGCUACCAUGCUUCUUCUACGGCAAUGUGGACUGCGUCGAAAACAUACAAUGCACUUUUUUUUCUCGUACGUUCUGGAUACGCUCAAAUAGAUUUACUACUAUAUAUGCAUCCCAUGCGGUGUGUACGGUAUACCAGCAGCACGAUGGGAAAGUUCACGAUGCAUCAAAGUAACAUUCGUUGUAUUUCAAUUCUCUUUCUCGUUCUAUUUCAAUUUCCGAUUGAGACGAUGUAAACAACACAUACAUACACACACACACACACACACACACACGUAGAGGCAAUAAUAAUUUAGAAAACAACGUGCUCUGUAACGAUGACGGUGCAUUCAACUACACCUUUUUUACGUUUGUUUUGAUUACUUCAUUCUAUUGCAUUUCUAAUUAACUGGAUUCCAAAGAUGCUUCAACUAAAUUCCAAACCAGAAUUUAUUUGCACAUUUUUAUUUUUUCCUAUUCUGAAUUUUAACAUUGACGACUCGAUUUAACAUCUUGAUUGUGGAUCUUUUGAAUGGGCUUUUGUUUUCUCAACUUAUUUGAAUUGAAGCAUAAAAUUCCAUUUCACAUGAUGAGCACGUCGGUUUGUUCAUUCAAAUCACAAAUGAAAUUCAAAAUUGCACUCAUUCCAAUAGUCUUUUGUGUUUGAAUGAUAUUGUUGUGUUCUAGCGUCUGACAUAGCGACAUCUACGUGUCAACAAUUGAACUAAACGCUCGCCUCGUGGAGCAGGCUUAUAGUUUUUGAAUCAUCAUUUGAUUUUGUUUCGCUGCCUUAGACCUUGUCGCACACUGAAAGUUUUUUUUCUUCGAAUUUAGAGAAAUUUCAUUGUUUUCACCAUAGACUCAGAUUUGAUUCGUAGUUCACAUAUACAAUCAGAAUGUUAUAACAUUCAGACAUUUUUGUUAAGAAAAUCAUGAUUAUAAUUAAGAUAAAACUCGACAGAAAAUAUGCACUCAAGCAUAGUUGGCGUCGACAUUAAGAACGGUUGGUCUAACGCUCGGUAUGUACAAGUACAUUGUAAGGCAGAACGAUACUACUACAUGAGCGCGACGCUUCAUCACACACAGUUCGUUAUAGUACAAAAGGCAAAUAAUACACAUGUACGACGCUCAUUCGACACCUCGUCAUACCGUUCUUCCCCAAAUACAGCGUUGUGUCGUUGCAAUUUAUCGCAGAUGCUUCUUAUCAAGUCAAUUGUUAAUUAGUAAGCAAUAUUCUAAUCGAACUCGGCUUGCUUCAUUUUUAUCAGCUUACUUAUUCGCAAUAAAGCCACAAUCACAUGGAGACACAUGAAGAUGAUAUGAAUAUUCAAUGAACAAUUAUAUUCAUAGUGAAUGGGGAUAAUAAAUAUCAACAAGCAAACGCAUGACGCCUUUAGUCGCACUCAAAGAGUGAAGAAGUGAAGAUCGUCAGUCGAAAAUUCGCAGUAUUCACACUCAUCAAGUCAUCAAUUUAUUCAACGAGUUAAUUUCAUUCAUGAAAUUAAUAGAAAAAUGUCUAAGUUUCAAGUUUGAACAAUCGAAUCGAGUGUAUUUAUUUCAAAAUUGGUGAAUGAACAAACGCGAAAGACGAAUUUGCUUGGAAUUCUCGACAUACACAAUCAUUCAUUCAACGUUUUUUUUUACUAGCCAAUUUAUCAAGUUUUGCUAUUAUUUACAUUUGUUAAUGUUUUCAGUCUGUUCGCUUUAUUUGUCAAUCGCGUAUGACAUAACGGGAAUAACUAGAGAUUAAGAGAAUUACGAUUAUCAAAAUCGCGUCAUCUCUGAGUAAUUAAGUGAUUGAAUUGAUUUGUUUUCCGUAUUUCUUAAAGUCGUGACCUAUUGUGAUACGUAUAAUAUGAGUAGUAUGUUACACGUUAAAGCUUGCUCGUUCUCGAUAAUUCUGUAUGUCAUCGCAUUAUCAGUGGAUUUGGCAUGGACAGGGCCAAUAGAACAAAAUCCAGCAUUGGAUUUUAUAAUACUGCACAACAAUGAUAUGCACUCUCGCUUCGAGCAGACGGAUAGAUCGUCCGGAAAAUGUUCAGCAGAAGAUGCUGCAGCAAAGAAAUGUUACGGUGGUUUUGCACGUGUAUCGCAUGUAGUUAAAAAGUAUCGGGAAGAAGCCAAAAAUGGUGGGCCUGCUGUUUUAUAUUUGAAUGCCGGUGAUACUUACGUAGGGACGCCGUGGUUUUCUGUAUUUAAACACAAAGUUUGUGCGGAUUUUAUGAACAUUCUGCGGCCAGAUGCAAUGAGUCUCGGCAAUCAUGAGCUUGAUAAAGGUGUAGAUAGUUUGGUUCCUUUUUUGAAGGCAGUCCAAUUUCCAGUACUUACCGCGAAUAUAGAUAACGCGCCUAACCAUCCAUUAUGGCAAACCGGUUCCCUCAAGAAAUCCAUUGUUUUAGACGUAAAAGGCUUCAAGAUCGGUGUUAUUGGUUAUCUUACACCCGAAACAAAGGAGUUGACAAUGAAAAGUGAUGUGGAAUUCGUUCCGGAAAUAACUGCUAUCAACAAAGAAGCCGGUUUACUAAAAGAAAAAGGUGUCAAGAUAAUCAUAGCUUUGGGUCAUUCUGGUUAUGUUGUUGAUCAGGAAAUAGCCAAAAGUUGUCCUUUGGUCGAUGUUGUUGUGGGCGGGCAUUCGCAUUCCUUUUUAUACUCUGGUCAACAGCCAGAUACAGAAGUGAGUGAAGGUCCUUAUCCAACGAUUGUCACACAAAGUAGCGGAAAAGAAGUUCCAGUCGUUCAGGCGUAUGCAUUUACUAAAUACAUUGGUGCACUGAGAUUGAAUUUUGACGCGGAUGGAAACCUUCUUCAUUGGAGCGGUCAACCAAUUUUACUUGAUGACAGCAUUCCACGCGAUCCAGAAGUUGCCGCACUAGAGGAUGUUUACCGUCCUCAAGUAAACGAAAUCACCGAAAAAGUGAUUGGCAUCACAAAAGUGCGUCUAGAUGGUUCCAAAUGCCGUACGAACGAAUGCAACAUUGGCAAUUUCAUUUCAGAUGCAUUUGUCAAUACAAGGAUAAGACAGUACAAUGGUACUGAUUUAACAGACGCUCCCAUUGCCAUAAUGGCCAGUGGAGAUAUUCGUGCAUCGGGAAAAAUCGGGAAAAUAACACGAUUCGAUUUGGAAACAAUUAUUCCGUUUGAAAAUCAAUUGAUCGCGGUUAAUAUUACGGGACGUGUACUACAACAAGUGCUUGAACACUCUGUGCGAAGAUACAUUGAAUAUGGUCCUCCGGGCGAGUUUUUGCAAUUAUCCGGGAUGCAUGUCGUUUAUAAUAUUUCGAAUCCAUCGGGAAAUCGUGUCGUAUCAGCGAACGUUCUAUGCUCAACUUGUUUAGUUCCAUUAUAUGAGAAUCUCGAUCCGAAUCGUCAAUACGGCAUUAUUAUAUCAUCAUUUUUAUACGAUGGAGGUGACGGAUUUACUAUGUUUAAAGAUCUCAAAGCAACUUACUUGAAUACAACGGUUCAGGAUGCUGUGCAGAAAUACAUUCAAAACUCUCCUGUUAUUUAUCCAUCCAUUGAGGGGCGCAUCAAAGUUUAUAAAAAUUAAUUUUUGUUUAAUUUAAAUUCUACUUAAAUCUACUUAAUUACCACAGUGCCCUACCGUUAGUGUUUGUUUAAUAGAAAAUCUGGAGAAAUUACUACAUGAACUACUGUAUCAGAAAAUCUCGAUUGAAUUUGUAAAUUAAAUAUAAGUUACUUACAAAUGCCAGCUUUGUUUGUGUACAUUCCCGUGUACAAUUUCAAACUAUUAUUUUACCUUCCUCCCAAAUGUGAUUAUAUGGAAUUUUUUGUGUGUUUUUUGAAGAAAAAAAUUAUUUUGUUGUGUUCAACUGGUUUUUGUUAGAAAAAAAUUGGCAUUCAGACAAAAUAAAGACUAUGUUUAUUGAUUGCAAAAAA